GAGAGGCGACACAGAUAGGCGACCCGCCGACAGUAUUUGGUCAUUAUUAAAGUUUUUCCUGGACCACCUCGCGACACUUUGGUCCUUUUUGUUCUCUUAUUAAACUGUGCGCGAGCAGAAAUAUACAUGCGUUUAAGACGGUUCAGGAGAGCGACUGAAAGGGAAGUUGUUAGUAGAUAGUGAAAAAAAAACCUCUUAAAGUAGUGUUUUUCCUGCGUCAAGUUCAAGUCAAGUUUCGUCUUUCCAAGGGAAGGGUGGCCCCGGAGUGCUGAGGGGCAUGGACACCCACGUUAAGGAGGGACAACUUUAUGUGCAGCAUCAAAAGUUUGGAAAGAAAUGGAAGAAAAACUGGUUUGUCCUCUAUCCUGCCAGCCAAAAUGGCAUCGCUCGCCUUGAGUUCUUCGACUCGCCUUCAGGUGGAGGAGGUGGGGCAGGUGGAGGCUCGGGAAGUGGCUCCAAUGAGAAAACCAGAAAACUUGACAAGAAGAUCAUCCGCUUGUCUGAGUGCAUUUCCAUCCUGCCGGCACUGAUGGAGAGCUGUCCCAAAGAAAACAUGGCAGCGUUCUGUGUGGAGACCAAUGAUAAAACGCAUGUGUUUGCUGCUGAGAAAAAUGCCGCCAAGGACUGGAUGGAUACCAUGUGUGACAUCGCAUUUCAGGGAGGAAGCGGCAGCACUGACAGCACUGCUGCAGACCCUAAUGGUGGACCAAAGGACCUUCAGAUGUCUGAAAACCUCAUCUACUACUCCAGAGAGGAGGUAAACGAGUUUUGGGUGAGUGUCCAACGUACUGAGGCUUCAGGGCGCUGCGGGCUGAAUGGCAGCUACUGGCUAAAAGCGGAAAGUGACUUCUUAAUCCUGAAGGAGCCACUGACCAAGAAGAACGUCCUGGUGUGGCCUUACAAGCUCCUGAGGAGAUAUGGGAGAGAUCGGGUGAUGUUUUCAUUUGAGGCGGGGCGACGCUGUGACUCAGGCCCUGGUAAUUUCACCUUUGAGACAAAGCAAGGCAAUGAGAUCUUCCUGCUGGUGGACCAAGCCAUCCAGUCUCAAAAGGCAAUGGCAGAGGAGCGCCACCUCAGCUGCCCCAUCAACUUCGAUCCAGACUGCCCUGCCUCUUUGCAGCACAUACGCAACGCUGUUCCUAGUGGGAUGGGGUCAGGAAGUGGAGACAGCAGCAGCUGCAGCAGUCGGGAGGCAGAUGGUGAUUCAGGAGGCAGCAAACCGGGCUCUGCUGAUGGGGUGCUCGGAAAGAGAGAAGGUGGGGAUGGAGGAGGAGGAAGGGGACAGGGAACAUCAGCACACAAAGGGAGGAGUUUACCAGACCCACCAACAAUUUUGAGCCAUUUGGGAGGUGGAGGGACACCUCCAAGGUCUCCCAGGGGGCAAGCACCAACAAAAGGUCACUCCCCAGCUAAUGAACAAGCAGGUCUUUAUUCUGAACCAGUAGAUUCUGUGCGCCUUCCUUUGCAUGGAACUGACUGCCUCUACUCUGACCCAGUGGACAGCAUCAAGGGUCAAAGCAAAACCAACAACCCAGCUACCCAUCCAGUGCCCACCCCACGCCUCCGACCAGUAGUAGAUGAGGCUUCAGGAGGUGGUGUACAAGGGGAGCAUCACCAUGAUGGCAGCAACCACCGGAAGCCACCAGACCUGUACUCUCACGUGUAUGAUCAUAUCAGCCUAGAGCUGAGCCAGAAAACCAGUGCGCUGGGUCUAAACGGGGCCACAGGAGGAAGAGGGGUGAACAAUAGCAAGCGCCCCUUGGGAGGCCAAGCAGAAGGGACUACAUCAACUCCUGUUCUUCCUCUGGAGCACAUAUACGAUGAACCAGAGGGUUGCGCCAAAGGAGGUGCUACCACCUCAGUUAACUCAGGGUUGAGCGUAUAUGAUGAGGCCCGUUUGGAACCCCUCAAUCACAGGGGGCAGGAGGAGGUGCUCGAGGGAAAUUACAGCACCCCCUCCCAUGGAAAAGUAUCAGAGCCUCAUAGAAACUCUCCACCACAGCAAGGCCUGGGUCGUGGCGCGCCACUACCUCCAGCUCCAAGGUGGCCUAAACCCGUCACAGCCCCAAAACCCAGCAGAGGCCUUUUUGCUCGGAAGGAGCCAGUGCCUCUGCCCCCGGUGAAACAUGGAGGUUCUGGUGGUAAUGUUAACAACAAUAAUAAUAUUUGGGGAGAAGGUGGGCGAGGUGGGAAGGAGCUGUACAGCAAAGUCUCUAAGCAGAAACCUGCUAACUCGUGGUACAGCCAGCAACACACUCCGGCACUGAGAUCACCUGAUAUAAUCUAUGAUAAUCUGGGAGAUAUUUGAUAUCCUGUUUCCUUUGUGAAAAACACAAAAAUGCUAGCAUGAGGCUGAACAUUAGUCUUGAUCCAUAUGUGUAUUUUUGCAAUAUUUUUACAAGGUUCAAGCUCAUUUCUAGUGUGUGGAAUAAUUUGAGAUGGUAGAUCCAUUGAGUAGAUGUGCUUUGGACUGUGAGAAGAUCCCGUUAUGCAAGCAUUUGAAACAUGGAGUGAAACUGUUGAAGGGCCACCCUCUGUUUGAGAAAGAGUGAGUGUUUGCAUGGUCAAACCCAUAAUUGGAGUACCAACCCACAAUGUGGUUGGAACCAGCCACUUCACUUGGACACACGCACACGCACUGUACCGCACACAUGACUGCCAAAGGAGUUCAGUUAGACAGGCUUCACUUUAACAGGCUGAGCGCAGCUUGGCUCUUCUUCCCUAAAUGUGUGCCAUGAGUAUGAAGGGACUGUAAAAUGUGAUUUUGCACUGCUGCUUUUGUGUUUCACUGCAAGUUUGGACAAUGUGACAGCAGGGUGGUGUUUGAACUAUCUUUGAGUGUAGGAAUCUACCGAAAGCAUUUUUUUAUUUAGCCUCAUGGGUCAUCCUGAAUCCCAGCAAAACUUUCAGGUUUAAUCAUUUUAAGAAGAAUGUAAAAACAUUGUUGAUAACUGUUGUCAGAAAGCAUGGCACUGGGGUAUAAAUACCCCUUAUAAACCCGAUUUAACUUGCAGAGGCAACUCUUCCUGACCAGUUGAUAUAACAGACCCUUUAUUUUCAGUAAAAUGGAAAAAGAAAUAGAAAAGAAAAUGUGAAACUAAUCAAUCCCCUGUGAUGUUUCAGUUUGUCUCAGAAACAGCUGUGCUGUCUGUAAAUAAUACUAAGAAUAAAAAAUGAGUCCAAAAACA